GGUAGGGGUGGCGCAGGGCCAGCGGUUCCCAACUGCCGCCCGGCUUCUCCCCUCCGCCUCAGGCGGCUGGCGUCUGCCGCUGUCGGGAGCGCCGCCCUGGCAACGGGUGACGUAGCGGCGCGGCGGCGCGUCCGAUUGGCCGGCGCACGCCCGGGCCGCGGCGCGGCCUCCUCCCCCUCCCAGGCCUUGCCCUCUGCCUGUCCUCGCCUGGCCUCCAUGUUUGCUGGCCGCCGCCCCUCCUCCGCCGGGUCAUCUUCGGGGCCGGGGCAGCGAGCGGCUCGGUCGUCGCUCGACUCCCACUCCCCACCAAGUUUUAGGCGCCCUGUCUCGUCCUCUGGGUGGGCCGGCCCGAAGGUCAACGUUCCGGGAUGGGACGGAGGGUGGGCGGAGGCUAGACCAAGGAGAGUCUGCCCAGCAACUCGUGACGCGCGCUGACCGAGGCGCCCGGGGAUUGGCUGCGAUGCGGGAGGGGAGGAGGAAGACCUGCUGAGGUUUGGCGUUCCUCGAAUAGCUUUUGAAGUAGCAGAUAUCCCCCCUGGGCACAGACCCCGUGCUCCCUGGGUGAGCGUCAGCAUGGGGUAAGACUUGAAGGACAUGCCCUGGCACUGCAGAACCAAAACAACCAGCACCCUACACCAGGAUCUCUGUAACUCCACAUCCGCAAUGGAGGAACAUGGGCUCACGGUGCAGAAGCCCCGCGGCAGCUCCCCAACGGAACAGCCUCGGCACCUGCCCUUGACGGCACGAACCCGGGAAUCCGCAGAUCAGUUUUCCAGGCCUCCUGCUCUUCCCUCCACAGCCGAUCCCCACCCAGGCCCGAAGAAAGCUGAAAGUUACCCGCAGUCCGAAGAGUGAGCGGCAGGUUUCCUUUCCUGCGCGGCCCUCGCCAUGUUGGCGGCGGCCGCCGGGAGGCCCUACGCGUGCAGCCAGUGCGGCAAGAGCUUCCGCUACAGCUCGGUGCUGCUGCGGCACGAGCGCGCCCACGGCGGCGACGGCCGCUUCCGCUGCCUCGACUGCGGCGAACGCUGCGCGCGGGCCACCGACCUCCGCGCGCACCGGCGAACCCACGCGGGCGAGACCCUCUACAUCUGCAGCGAGUGCGGCCAGAGCUUCCGCCACAGCGGCGGCCUCGACCUGCAUCAGGGCGCGCACCGGCGGCGAGGCCGCGGCUGCUCCUGCCGCGUGUGCGGCCGCCGCUUCGCUCACCUCCCGGCGCUGCUGCUGCACCGCCGCCGCCGGCACCCCCCCGAGCGGCCCCGCCGAUGCCCGCUGUGCGCCCGCGCCUUCCGCCACAGCGCCCUGCGCUUCCACCAGGCGCGGGCCCACCCUCCCGGAGCCCCCGCCGCCCACCGCUACCGCUGUGCCGAGUGCCCGCGGGCCUUCCGCAGCGGCGCGGGACUGCGCGGCCAUGCACGCGUCCACGCAGCCCCGAGCUCCGGCUCCGGCUCCCCCGUCCCGCCGCCUCCGCAGCCGCUGGCCACCGACGCGCACCAGUGCGGCGUGUGCGGCAAGACCUUCGGCAAGAGCUCGACGCUGACGCGACACCUGCAGACGCACUCGGGCGAGAAGCCCUUCAAGUGCCCCGAGUGCGGGAAGGGCUUUCUGGAGAGCGCCACUUUGGUCCGCCACCAGCGCACGCACACCGGGGAGAAGCCGUACGCGUGCGGCGACUGCGGCCGCUGCUUCAGCGAGAGCUCCACGCUGCUGCGCCACCGGCGCAGCCACCAGGGCGAGCGGCCGCACGCGUGCGCCACUUGCGGCAAGGGCUUCGGGCAGCGCUCCGACCUGGUGGUGCACCAGCGCAUCCACACGGGCGAGCGGCCCUUCCCGUGCCCCGAGUGUGGCCGUCGCUUCAGCGACCGCUCGGACCUCACCAAGCACCGGCGCACGCACACGGGCGAGAAGCCGUAUCGCUGCGAGCAGUGCGGCAAGCACUUCACCUGCGUGUCCAACCUCAACGUGCACCGGCGCAACCACGCCGGCCACAAGCCGCACAAGUGCCCCGAGUGUGGCAAGGCGUUCGGCGUCGGCUCCAAGCUGGCGCUGCACCGCAAGACGCACCUGGGCGAGCGGCCGGCCGAGUGCGCCGAGUGCGGCAAAUGCUUCAGCCACAGCCGCUCGCUGUCGCAGCACCAGCGGGCGCACACGCGGGCCCGCGCCGUCGCGGCCACACAGGCCGCGGUGAACCUCGGCCCCGCAGGCACCGCCCUCGUCUUUUUGGGGGAGGCCGGACAGGAAAAACCGGAGCGCCUUGUGUCCCACUUGGGGGAGACUUGCUAAGUGGCUUCUGCC